CUUGAGAUGUCAUUCUCGUUAACCUUUAGUCGAAAAAAGUCUGCACAGUCGGUUGUGUUCGCGGGCCAGCUCCAGAUUGUCUCUCCGUUUGAUUCCGAAAGCAGCCAGAUUUUUUCGCUGGACAAAUUUUAAUCGUACUCUAGUGAGAACCUUUGAAGAAGAAUGUCUUCGGCUCCGGUGCAACGGUUCAUCCAACAUGGUGCACACAAGGGCAAGGGAAUUGCCGUGUUCACCAGCGGAGGCGAUUCCCAGGGCAUGAACGCGGCCGUCCGCGCCGUUGUCCGGAUGGGCAUUUACGUCGGAUGUAAGGUCUACUUCAUCCGCGAGGGUUACCAGGGCAUGGUGGACGGCGGCGAGAACAUCAUCGAGGCCGGUUGGUCCUCGGUGUCCAGUAUUAUCCACCGGGGCGGUACCGUGAUCGGUUCCGCUCGUUGUACCGAUUUCCGGGAGCGUAAGGGUCGUCUGCAGGCCGCCCUCAACCUGGUCAGCCGUGGCAUCACCAACUUGGUCGUGAUCGGUGGUGACGGUUCGCUGACCGGUGCGAACCUGUUCCGGCAGGAGUGGUCCAGCCUGUUGGACGAGCUGCUGAAGGAGGGCAAGAUCACCCAGGAGCAGCGACUCAAGUACAAGGCGCUGCACAUUGCCGGCAUGGUCGGUUCGAUUGAUAACGAUUUCUGCGGUACGGACAUGACCAUCGGAACGGAUUCGGCCCUGCACCGGAUCAUCGAGGCCAUCGAUGCCAUCGUCAGUACGGCGUACUCGCAUCAGCGUACGUUUAUCAUGGAGGUCAUGGGCAGACAUUGUGGUUACUUGGCCAUAAUGGCCUCUUUAGCUAGUGAGGCGGACUAUGUGUUCAUUCCGGAAGAUCCCGUCCCGCACAAUUGGCCCGACAAGUUGUGUAAGAAAAUUCUCCAGGAACGGUCAGCCGGUCAGCGGUUGAACAUCAUCAUCGUGUCGGAGGGCGCUAUCGAUCGCGAAGGCCAACCCAUCACGGCCGAGAAGGUCAAGCAGGUGGUGGUGGACAAGCUCCAGCAGGACACCCGCAUCACGGUGCUGGGUCACGUGCAGCGCGGAGGCAACCCGAGUGCGUUUGAUCGCGUGCUGGGCUGCCGCAUGGGUGCCGAGGCCGUGCUGGCCCUGAUGGAGGCCGACGACAACACGGAACCGUGCGUCGUCUCGCUGGACGGCAACCAGGCGGUGCGCGUCCCGCUGAUGGAGUGCGUCCAGCGGACCAAGGCCGUGGCCCAGGCGAUGGCCGACCGCAACUGGGAGCUGGCGGUGCAGCUGCGUGGCCGCUCGUUCGCGCGCAACUUGGAGACGUACAAGAUGUUGACCCGGCUGAAGCCGCCGAAGAGCUCGCUGGACAAGGACGGGCGCGGCGUUGGCGGUUACAAUAUGGCCGUGAUGCACAUCGGAGCGCCGGCUUGCGGAAUGAACGCCGCCGUUCGGUCGUUUGUGCGUAACUGCAUUUACCGCGGGGACACCGUGAUGGGCAUCCACGACGGUAUCGAGGGCUUGAUUUCGGGCAACAUCAAGAAGAUGGAGUGGUCGGACGUGACCGGAUGGGUUGGGCAGGGCGGUGCUUUCCUGGGAACGAAGCGUACGCUGCCGGAGGGCAAGUUUAAGGAGAUUGCCGCUCGUUUGAAGGAGUUUAAGAUUCAAGCGCUGUUGAUCAUCGGAGGGUUUGAGGCGUACCAUGCUGCUGGCCAGCUGACCGAUCAGCGGGACAACUUUAAGGAGUUUUGUAUUCCGCUGGUGGUCGUUCCGUCGACCAUCUCGAACAACGUCCCCGGCACGGAGUUUUCUCUGGGUGCGGACACUGGUUUGAACGAGAUUACGGAGAUUUGCGAUCGCAUCCGUCAGUCGGCCCAGGGAACCAAACGACGCGUGUUCGUUAUUGAGACCAUGGGCGGUUACUGUGGCUAUUUGGCCACGUUGUCCGGUUUGGCCGGUGGUGCCGACGCGGCGUACAUCUACGAGGAGAAGUUCUCCAUCAAGAAUCUGCAAGAGGACGUGUACCACAUGGCGUCCAAGAUGAGCGACGGCGUCCAGCGUGGGUUGAUCCUGCGCAACGAGAAGGCCUCGGACAACUACAACACCGAGUUCAUCUACCGUCUGUACUCGGAGGAGGGCCGAGGUCUGUUCUCGACCCGCAUGAACGUGCUCGGCCACAUGCAGCAGGGUGGUUCGCCGACUCCGUUCGAUCGUAACAUGGGCACCAAGAUGGCGGCCAAGUGCGUCGAGUGGCUGGUCGAACAGCUGAAGGCCAACACCCAGCCGGACGGGUCGAUCUGCGCCAAGACGCCGGAAAGCGCCUGCCUGCUGGGGCUCGUCCGCCGGCAGUACAAGUUCUCGCCGCUCAAGGACCUGAUCGCGGACACCAACUUUGAGCAACGCAUCCCCAAGCAGCAGUGGUGGCUGAAGUUGCGCCCGCUGCUCAGAAUUCUGGCCAAGCACGACUCGACCUACGAGGAGGAAGGGCUUUACAUCACCGUUGACGAGGAAAUGUCCACGGAUUCGCCCGUCGCUUAAAAUGCUUCGAGGGUAGCGUGAAAUCAUCACCCGGAACAAAGUGGAAGAAGAAGAUAAAUCCCAAAGAAAUACCUCAGCGUUAUCAUCAUCGAUGUUUGAGAAACAAAGAGAGAGGGAGGGAGGAGCCAAUAAUUGUCGUUAUCAGUGCAGUGACGUCACUAUUUCAAUUUAAAAUAGGAACAAAACAGUACACAGUAAGAUACAAAAAAUAUAUAUGAAAGUGUUAUCCAAAUCUGCAAAACUCCUCACAAACUCAAUGAGGCACGGUUAGUUUAUUAAAUUUGUAUGAUUAGAACAA